UUUUGGCCAGGCUUGUGUAGACACAGCGUGCCUGCUUGCUCUCCCCGUUCCUGUCACAAUCUGCAGGUCUCUCCAGGCCCCAGCCUCGGCUUCCGCGGCGACAGCGGGCAGCAACCAAGCCAGAGGCCUCGGACCUGCUCCCCUGCUCUGGGAGUGCGUCAGGCCCAGAUCCCUGCUUUCUCCCUGAACGGGGGCUUCUGCUAUGUGGCCUGGGGUCGUUUCCCCACCAGCCAGCCUCCUAGAACCAUCUCCAGGUACCAGGGGCUGGCGUUGCUCUGGGAGAGUUCAUGGAGGGGGGCUUCUGGGUUCCAAACGGAGACCAUGGAGCCUGCCUCUCCACUUUGCCCUGGAACCCACCCCCUCUGGCAGCGAGAAAGAAGGGGAAGAAGCGUGACUUACCUUCCCGGGGGAGUGGGAAGAGGGGGACACGGCCCACUCUGAGCAAUUAGAGGAGAGAGGAGGAAAAAAAUAAGAGGACAAAAAUAUCAACACGACCUCGAAGGCGACAGGUCCUUAUGGAAAUAACGGGGGCUCAACCCCCAGACCUCCAGAAAUGACGUCAGAAUCAUUUGCAUCCCGCUGCCUCUACCUGCCUGGUCCAGCUGGGACCCUGCCUCGCCGGCCCCAUGGCCAGAGGGUUGGGUGAGUGUGUAUGGGGAAGGGGGGCUGGACUCUGGUAUCCUUGGAUGGGGGGCACUCUAGGCUCUCCAGCCUCCUCGGCUCAGCCUGGGCCCCUCCCCAUCCAACCUCCACUCCAGUCCUCAUUCAACUUCCUCUUCCUGCGAAAGAGGGGCGCUGCCCGGUGACCUACACAGACUGAGACACGAUCGCCAUGAAUGGAGACCUCUGGAAAAGCUCAGGAGCCGAGGCCCACCGGGCCCAGCAGAGGCCUGAGGGGAGACCCUGGGCGAGGGCUGAAUCGCUGCCUCCCGACAGCCCCCCAAUGCCCCGGCUUUGGAGGGGAGCCGGGAGCUUUCCAUCUCCUUUUGCAGGGGAGGGCUGUCAAUCUGACGGGAUGUGCACUGGGGGCACCCCAGCCCCUGCCAGCUAACCCCACAUCACCACCCACCCCCCAGCACCACCACCACUACACACACACAAAAAAAUUGGAUACAUUUUGAAUAAAGCGAUUCGGUUCCUUAUCCGGGGACUGGGUUGCUCCGUGUGAUUGGCCGGCGGAGUCACAUGGUGAAAGUAACUUUACAGGGUCGCUAGCUAGUAGGAGGGCUUUAUGGAGCAGAAAAACGACAAAGCGAGAAAAAUUAUUUUCCACUCCAGAAAUUAAUGAUCAUGAGCUCGUAUUUGAUGGACUCUAACUACAUCGAUCCGAAAUUUCCUCCAUGCGAAGAAUAUUCGCAAAAUAGCUACAUCCCUGAGCACAGUCCGGAAUAUUACGGCCGGACCAGGGAAUCGGGAUUCCAGCAUCACCACCAGGAGCUGUACCCACCACCGCCUCCGCGCCCUAGCUACCCUGAGCGCCAGUAUAGCUGCACCAGUCUCCAGGGGCCGGGCAAUUCGCGAGGCCACGGGCCGGCCCAGGCGGGCCACCACCACCCCGAGAAAUCACAGUCGCUCUGCGAGCCGGCGCCUCUCUCAGGCGCCUCCGCCUCCCCGUCCCCAGCCCCGCCAGCCUGCAGCCAGCCAGCCCCCGACCAUCCCUCCAGCGCCGCCAGCAAGCAACCCAUAGUCUACCCAUGGAUGAAAAAAAUUCACGUUAGCACGGUGAACCCCAAUUAUAACGGAGGGGAACCCAAGCGCUCGAGGACAGCCUACACUCGGCAGCAAGUCCUGGAAUUAGAGAAAGAGUUUCAUUACAACCGCUACCUGACCCGAAGGAGAAGGAUCGAGAUCGCCCACUCGCUGUGCCUCUCUGAGAGGCAGAUCAAAAUCUGGUUCCAAAACCGUCGCAUGAAAUGGAAGAAGGACCACCGACUCCCCAACACCAAAGUCAGGUCAGCGCCCCCGGCCGGCGCUGCGCCCAGCACCCUCUCAGCAGCCACCCCGGGCACUUCUGAAGACCACUCCCAGAGCGCCACGCCGCCGGAGCAGCAACGGGCAGAGGACAUUACCAGGUUAUAAAACAUAACUCACACCCCUGCCCCCACCCCGUGCCCGCACCCUCCCCUCACACACAAAUUGACUCUUAUUUAUAGAAUUUAAUAUAUAUAUAUACAUAUAUAUUGGUUCUUUUCUCUCUUCCUCUCACCUUGUCCCUUGUCAGUUCCAAACAGACAAAACAGAUAAACAAACAAGCCCCCUGCCCUCCUCUCCCUUCCACUGUUAAGGACCCUUUUAAGCAUGUGAUGUUGUCUUAGCAUGGUACCUGCUGGGUGGUUUUUUUUUUUUUUAAGGCCAUUUGGGGGGGUUAUUUAUUUUUUAAGAAAAAAAAAAGCUGCAAAAAUUAUAUAUUGCAAGGUGUGAUGGUCUGGUUCGGGUGAAUUUCAGGGGAAAUGAGGAAAAGAAAAAAGGAAAGAGAUUUUAAAGCCAAUUCUCCUCCUUCUCCUCCUCCUCCUUCCCCUCUCUUUCCUUAGGCCUUUUGCAUUGAAAAUGCACCAGGGGAGGUUAGUGAGGGGGAAGUCAUUUUAAGGAGAACAAAGCUAUGAAGUUCUUUUGUAUUAUUGUGGGGGGGGGGAGGAGAGGGGGUGAAGACAGCAGACAAAGCUAAAUGCAUCUGGAGAGCCUCUCAGAGCUGUUCAGUUUGAGGAGCCAAAAGAAAAAUCAAAAUCAACUUUUCAGUUCAGAGAGGCAGUCUAUAGGUAGCAUCUCUCCCCACCCCCAUCGUGGUUAUUGUGUUUUUGGACUGAAUUUACUUGAUUAUUGUAAAACUCGCAAUAAAGAAUUUUAGUGUCGAUGUGAAAUGCCCCGUGAUCAAUAAUAAACCAGUGGAUGUGAAUUAGUUUUA